GCAAUCGCACGGAGCAACUUCAACAUUACUCUAGUUCUACCACACAUCCUAACUUUAUUCGAGAUGACUAGUUACAAGAUUGAUAACGAAUUCUUCGCAAGGGAUGAAAUGAACGCCAAAGAUGCCCUGUUCUUCAAAGACCAACCAGAUGCUGAGUUCUUCCAGAAACAGCCGGUUGGGGGCGAUUUCUUCCAGUCCGAACAUGAUGGCGAUUUCUUCCGAGAGGGUGACUUCUUCCGCAGUCAGCCGGAGUCUGAUUUCUUCCAAGAUAGCAAACCAGACUUCUUCUUCUUCAAGGGGCAAGGACCGGAGUUCUUCAAGCAGCAAGGGCCCGAUUUCUUCUUCUUCAACCAGGAAAACUCGGGUGAAAACUUCUUCGAGUCCGAUGCUCCAAAAGCCGCUGAAAGCGGGCACUUCUUCAAACGUGGCGACCGUGGCAAAGGAAGCUUUUUCUCUAAUGGACUCUUCUUCCAAAAGGAAUCCGCAGGCGAUUUCUUCUCCGGGGAAACUCCCCGCCCCGAGUUCUUCUUCUUCGAGGAGGGUUCCGACUCGCACACGGGAGAGGAGCCUUUCUUUUCCGGAGAAUUCUUUUAGACUUUUUGGACAUUCCUGACUAUCCCAGACUAGAGUUGCCACCAUGGCUACUGGUCCUUCCAGGGCCCCCACCUAUGUUCUAUGGCGGACAUCCUCCAUACGAGGAACAUCAUUUACAAGUUCUCGUAUUAUCAAGACUUAAUAUCGAAUUUAGUUUUAUCUGGACACUGUAUUCAUCGAAAGGCCAUGUCUGUGCUGACCGUGCAGCAAGUUGCGAAUGACUCUUUCCAGAUGAGCGCAUCUUACCUUGGAAUGGCCGAACUAGCUCCGCGAAAGAGUUAUGGGAGAGAUUUCCAAUUUUUAGAACUUUUGUCCAAACUGAAUCCCUCCAGUAUAUUUGCAUUUCGAAGACUUUUGGCUGUGAUUGAUGCAUUUUGUGAUAAUCGUGAAGAAUUUAAAAGCCAUGAAUAGAAAUAUAGAAUCCCUGAGGCCAAGACGUCAGGCACAGAAUUUAUAUUCGUGGCUUUCGCAAUGUGUAUAUCUUGUGGUUAUAUUUAUAAAGUAGGUACUUUGAGACUAGAAUAGAUUAUUUAGAUCAUAUCGUCAGAGCGUACUAGAGAAUAUGGGCAAUUUGGUAAUGGACAUUCCUGAAAACUGAAUGAUUGAAUGCAAAUUUACAUGUAAUCGAUGCAUUUUCCAGUUUAUGUAUUUGGAGUAUUUAUUGACUUAAUAAAAUUAUCAUGAAUA